AUGCUUUUUAUCGAUGUGAAGCUAGCACGACGUGAAGCUACCACGACGGAUUUAGGUGAUCGCUUAAUCCUUAAUUCUGAUUUGAUUACACCAUCAACACCAACAUUAUCUGCACUUGAUACCGAUUUUCUUCGUCAUGUAUUUUCUCAACAAUUUCGUCGAUCACUUGAUCUAUCUGCCUAUUUUACUGCAGCUGCAGCUUCGAAUAGUACUGGUCCAACAUCAACUCUGUUUCGUCCAAAUUUUCUUCGAUCACUUAUUGCCCUACCUUCAUCACUUUCAACAACACUUGUAUCAUGUCAUGGUUCUUAUCAAAGUGUUUUAUGCCCUUGUGUUUUAUUGAUCAAAUUCUUUUUGGGUGUGGGUGGGGGUGUGUGUGGGUGUGGGGUGGGGGUGUGGAUGGGUGGGUGUGGGUGUGGGUGUUGGUUGGAUAAGUGGAAUUUGCUGAAGAGAACAAUUGUACCCACACCCACACCCACACUCUUUUCUUGAAAAUUAUAUUAGUCUAUAAAGUUUACUGUCUAACAAAUAGAGAGCAAACUGUUUACUAUGAAAGAGUAAUAAUACUUGUCUGUUUUACUAAUGUAACUCCAAUGUCAACUUCGAUAGAUUUGGAAUCGAGUUCCGGAGAACGAUGCAGAGCUCCAUGUUGGUUUGUUUCACGCAAUAUUGUCGAUUAUGUUACGAUUUGACCCCUAUGCGUCCAGUCAUAUCAUUUAUCAUAUCAUCACUAAAGCGUGAGUAUACAUGGUGGGUUUGGUGGAAAACAGCGAAAAGGAAAACCGCGAAAAAAAAUAUAGGAAAAUAUCGAAAAGGAAAAUGCAGAAAAUUAAAUGACGAAAAGAGAAAUUUCUAAUAGAAAAACAGGAGACCGGAUAAUAUCGAAAGGAAAACAUCGAAAUGGAAAAUAUCGAAAAUGAAAUUUUUCUAAUUCUGAAAUAUCUUUUAGUCGACUGUGAAUAAAUGAAUGAAUGACUAAAUAAUAAUGGACUAACUUUUAGUCUAUUGUAAAAGAACGACUAAAGUAAUAUUCAGAUAGAGGAACCAAAUCAGUGAAGCAAUAGCCAAUAAUAGAUCAGGAGGAUAAAUGUACGUAUACUGCAGACAGCUAUUUAUUCUAUCACAUCUCUUCGAUAUAUUUCUUUCGAUUUUUUCCUUUCGACGUUUUCCUUUUGAUGUUUUCCUUUUUCCAAUUUUUGUCGCUGUUCUUCCUUUCGUCGUUUUAAUCUUCUGUAUUUUCCUUUUCGAUGUUUUCCUACUUUUUUUUCGAUAUUUUGCCAAUUCGGCAUUUUCCUUUUCGCCGUUUUCCGUCAAACCCUACAUGGUUGUCUUCUUCGGUGAUACUUUUAUUGAAUAUAGCAUAUUGAUUUUUUUAAUUAUGUUAACAUCUUAUUUUUUUCGAUAAAAUAAUUUCUUCUAAAAAUGAUUGCCAAAUGAGAAUUCAUUUAGAUGAAGACGAAAAUUUUUAGAGAAAUAAAUUAGACAAUGAUCAGCUAGUCUCUGUAAUGAAUACCAUAGAUUUGUUUUCACACGGAAGAGAUAAAAAGCUAAUUGGAUGAAGAAUACGAAUGUGUCAAUGUAAUUGCAAAACCGAAGAAGCAAUAAAAAUAUUUUGUUUUUCUUUCUUCGAAUGAGUCAAUAUAUCGAUCACGCACGUCAAUUUUUAUUAUUAACGUUUUUAAAGAAUAUGACAAUCAACAAAUGAAACAGUUGAGUUCUUUGAAUAUCAAAGAAAAAAAAAACAUUUUCUGUUUAUAAAAAUGUCUCGAUUUUUCUCAACAGAAUAAUUGUUCUUUUUUCUUCCUUGUUUCUCUAUAAUAAAAAAGCUGUCAAUCACAAUCUCGUGAUUGUUUUUCUUGACGCGACUACACGAAACAUCACGAGGUAAAAAUGAAUCACAUAUAAAAUAGGCAACAAAUAAUUGAAAAUUUUUUAAUCAGUUUUGUUUUCUAGAAAAAAAAAAGACGAAUAAUGACGAAAAGUUUUUCUCGAGUACAUCUCUACUUUAUUCGUCAUGGAGAAUCCGAAGCCAAUAUUCAAAGUAUUUAUAUAUGUGGUCUAAGUAUUUCAUGUCCAUUAACUUCAUUAGGAAAAGAACAAGCUGUUCUAUUAGGCAAACGAUUAAAAUAUGAAAAUAUGAAAUUUGGGUGUGGGUGUGGGUGUGCGUGGUUGGGUGUGGGUGUGGGUGUGGGUGUGGGUGGAAAACAGCGAAAAGGAAAACCGCGAAAAAAAAUAUAGGAAAAUAUCGAAAAGGAAAAUGCAGAAAAUUAAAUGACGAAAAGAGAAAUUUCUAAUAGAAAAACAGGAGACCGGAUAA